AACUGUGCUGAACAAUGACACUGUUUUGUGCACUCUUUCUGUGGUUAUAAGCUCGAUAUAUUUGCUUUGCUUUUUCUUUAUAUGUGAUUUUGUAUAAAUAUAAUUCGUUGUCAAAUUCUUAAAGUUGUGACCCCGAAGUGUGAAAGUAAUUGAAUGAAGUGUGAAUUUAUAUUUUAAUCCCAAUAGAAAAAUUUUAGAAUUAAAAAAGACCUUCAAAAAAGUACUUCGUGGAAUUUAGAAAAUCUCGCAAUUUUAGCAUAUACAUAUUUUGGCUAUAGAAUAAAUAGAAGUAUACGAGUAAAACUGGGCAAAUUCCAAUUUAUUGAAUUAACGGUACCUUUGAAAUCGGGAUCUCUAUAAUAUGAAUUUGGAUGUAAUGCCGUCAAGCAGCAAUAUAAAUUCUAACAUGGAAAAAAAAAUUUUAAGUUCAGAUAGUGUUAUUAGGCGUUAUACCCGUUCCUCUUUAUAUCUUUUGCGAAAUGACUCCCGUUCACAGAAAAGACCAGAGUGUUCGCUUCGAUAUGAGCUGCAAAUGUUAGGACUUUGGAAAACUACUUUUUUGCAAAACGAUGUAACGAAUGAAAGUGCAAAUCAGUCAUCUAUAAUUAAUUUUGUAAAUGAUAGGAGUUUUCGUUCAAAUGCCAGUAACAAUAACAAUUCCUCACAAUUAUCAACAUAUUUGCCAACAAAUACCGGAUUUCACAAUAAUCAGAAGACUUAUAUAGAUCAUCGUAGUAUUUCCUCCGCUCAUUUAAUGCCAGCAUUUGCUAAACGUCGCAUUAUUGCGAAUUGUCCUACUCCUAAUUAUAUGUCUAAUCCUCGAUCAGAAUGCAUAAAUGAAUCUAAAGAUCCUAAUUAUAUUAAACGCCAAGUAAUCAAGGAACGUACAUUUGAAAAUCAUCAAAGAUCUGAUAUAUCAAACAUAUCACCCAAAAAAAAAUCAAAUGCUGAGAAUGACGUUGAUCAAUGUAGCGAACAAGAGGCUUCGCCGUCCUUAUCUUUAUUAUCAACUACACCUUCGAAAACGCCAAACAAUGGAAAUCAAGAAAGGCGUAUUGGAAGUGGACGUUUGUUAUCACGUGAUAUAAGUUGGGACUAUAAAGGACAAGAUAAGGAUAGAACUAUUCCAGUAAUGAAUAAAGAAAUUUCGUUAUCAAAUAAUCAAUUAAAUCAAAAACGCAAUAUAUUACGCUAUAAUGAACGCAUAGAAAGACGUGCCUAUGAUCGAAACUUAAUUGAAUCGGGUGAAAAAAUUGAAAGCUUUAAAAAUGAUAUUUUAAAAGCAGGCAACACUAGAUAUAUGGCUUCAAACGAAAGUAUUAAAUUGGAUUAUACAUCAAAUCGCCAACUUAUACCCGGACGUAAUCGACGUAAUCAUUUCAAUGAGCGCAAAACAGAACCUGAAUGGUUCAGUGAAGGUCCUACAUCGAAAUUAGAUACAAUAGAACUUCGUGGUUUUGAAGAAAUUGAUGAUGAUACAGGAAUCUUUAACAAUGCAAAUAAAAGUGAAGCUACCGAUCCAGACGAUGAUGGUCUUAAUUCUUAUAUUGAAGAUAAAGAAUUAGAAGAAAAUGACGAUAAAAAUUUGAGAUGCUUGGAACGGAAUAUAUCAGACAUCCAGCACACUAAAAAGAAUAUAUUAAAUGAAAAUAAUUUCGUUAUAAAUAAUAAACCUAGCAAGACCAUUUUUGAAAAAAUACAACAUCCAAAAAAAAACGAAGCAAAAAAUAAAUCUACUAAUAACUUUUCGAAAAGUACAGAUAUUAACAAUUACAAUAGCAACGAUUCUUUAAAAGCUAUAUUUAAUUUUGAGAAUUUUUUGAGUAUAGAUUCCCUGGAACAUACAAUAAUGAGUAACGAUCAACAUAAAAACUUUGACGACUUUGGAAAUUCACGGUUUACACAAUGGUUUGCGAAUAAAAGAGACCAACCUCAAAAUAAUAGUACACAGUGCGAUAAAAAUGGUAUGUGUUAUUUGACUAUAGCUGUACGGCAAUUAAACAGCUAA